UAUAGAGUUUCAUUACCUUUACGACUUUACCUCAACUAAGGCACGUGGCCACGUGUAGUGGGUGGUCCGUUGGAUGGGGCAGUAGUACAGUCAUGUGCCAAUGCGAAACCCGUGACAAUAUCCCUCCUUAACACGCUUCACUCUCCACCACGCGUGUUAACUCUUACCUCCUUCACAUGCUCGCACGUUUCAACUCUUCCAACUAUUUUUCUCUCUCCUCUCGCCGGAAUUCUUGCCGGAAUUACCCUCAUUUCUCCCGAGUUAUUCUCUCCGACCGUUCGUCUUCCGUCAUCGAUAUCUCCGGUUGCCUAGAAAGGAAAAACUUAAUUAUUCUGGAGCCUAGAGCAGCAUAAAUUAUCGAGUUUACAUUGCAAUGAUGCGUGACAGAGAAAAAAUAUUCAUUGAUAUGGCUAGUUGUCUCAUCCAAAUGGUUGUCUAGUACCUGAUUUUUAAUAAGAUGAAUGAGGCAACGGGUAUGCAUAAGCUGAUUGGAACUAGUGAAGAUGAUGAUGAGGAAGAAAUGGACAUGGAUGCAAAGGAAGAAGAUGAUGACGAAGAAGGUAAAAACAUGGCAGCUUCCAUGAUAGUCAAUAUGGAUGGAGGAAUCACUACAAGCAGCAGUGACAGUCAGUUUCAGUAUCACUCCCAGAUCCAAGAACAGCAGAUCAACCAUGGAGGAGUUGCUAAAAGGCCGAGGCCAUCAGAGGAGAAAGAGAGAACAAAGCUGCGGGAGCGGCAUAGGAGAGCCAUUACUGCAAGGAUCUUGGCUGGACUUCGACGCCAUGGAAAUUACAAUCUUAGGGUCAGGGCUGAUAUAAAUGAUGUAAUUGCGGCUUUGGCAAGGGAAGCUGGCUGGGUUGUGCUUCCAGAUGGUACCACAUUUCCUUCACAGUCUCAGGGCUCAAGACCGUCUGAUGAUUCUUCAGUGCCAGCUGCCAUCCCCUCGUCACAAGUUUUGCCUCAACAGAGUCAGGUUGCUUCCCUCAAAGGUGUAUGCCCCGGAUUUCAAAACUCUGUGGAAUAUAAUACCGGUCAAAUGAAAGAGGCUUUUGGGCACUCUGCUUCUCCUUAUGACAUAUCUUCUGGUUCACAUGCCCAUGCAUCCUCCACAGGAGGUAGUAGGGGAGAACGAAUAGACAACCAUCCUCUUAUUAGCUCUGUGGAUACCAUUUGUAACAAACAGGUGGUUGAUCCCUCCUCAAGGUUGCAUGAGCAUGACUUUGCAGGCACUCCAUAUAUACCAGUUUAUGUGAUGCUACCUUUGGGAGUCAUAAAUAUGAAAUGUGAGCUUACUGAUCCUAAUGGGGUGCUGAAGCAGCUGAGGAUUCUGAAAUCAAUUAAUGUUGAUGGUGUUGUAGUUGACUGUUGGUGGGGGAUAGUGGAAGCUCAUGCUGCGCAGGAGUAUAAUUGGAAUGGUUACAAAAGGCUCUUUCAAAUUGUAAAAGAUCUCAAACUUAAAUUACAGGUUGUGAUGUCAUUUCAUGAAUGUGGAGGCAAUUUUCGCGAUGAUGUUUGUAUUCCUUUGCCCCUUUGGGUAGCAGAGAUUGGUCGUAGUAACCCUGACAUAUAUUUCACUGAUAAAGAGGGACGAAGAAAUCCUGAAUGUCUUUCAUGGGGAAUUGAUAAAGAGCGAGUGCUGAAAGGUCGAACAGCUUUUGAGGUCUACUUUGAUUUCAUGCGAAGCUUCCGGAUAGAGUUUGAUGAAUACUUUGAAGAUGGUAUUAUUUCCAUGAUUGAAGUUGGACUUGGUCCAUGUGGCGAUUUGAGGUACCCCUCUUUCCCAGUUAAGCACGGUUGGAGAUACCCUGGCCUCGGAGAAUUCCAGUGUUAUGAUCAGUAUAUGUUGAAAAGCUUACGGAAGGCAGCGGAAGGCAGAGGACAUUCAUUUUGGGCUAAAGGGCCAACUAAUGCUGGUUUUUACAACUCACGGCCCCAUGAGACUGGAUUUUUUUGUGAUGGGGGUGAAUAUGAUGGCUAUUAUGGCAGGUUCUUUCUUAAUUGGUACUCUCAAGUCUUAGUUGACCAUGGUGACCGGAUACUUUCUUUGGCCAAGUUGGCUUUUGAAGGAACCUGCAUUGCUGCGAAGCUAUCAGGGAUACAUUGGUGGUACAAGACUACAAGUCAUGCAGCUGAAUUAACCGCUGGGUUCUACAACCCAUGUAAUCGUGAUGGUUAUGCUGCAGUAAUGUCCAUGUUAAAAAAACAUGGAGCUGCUGUGACCUUCACAACUGCAGAAGUGGGCUUGUUGGAUCAGCUUGAGGAUUCUUCUGAAGCACUAGCAGAUCCUGAAGGGCUGACUUGGCAAGUCCUGAAUGCUGCAUGGGAUGUUUGCAUUCCAGUUGCCAGUGAAAACUCUGUUCCUUGUCAUAGUAGAGAAGUAUAUAACAAAAUACUUGAAAAUGCAAAACCCUUCAAUGAUCCUGAUGGUCGUCACUUGUUAUCAUUUACAUACCACAGACUUAGCCUCCAACUCAUGGAAAGGCAAAAUCUUAUGGAAUUUGAAAGAUUUGUCAAGAAAAUGCAUGGAGAAGCAGUUCUUGACCCCCAGAUAUAAUUGAAGAUAAAUAUCCGAUUCUUCUGCAGCGGCUGGCAACGCCAUGCAGUUUUGGUGUAGUUACAAAUUGGAUAGGUGAUUUCCUUGGUGUAAAUGUCAAACAAGCUUCAUGUACAUGAUUUGAUUAGUAGAAAACCUAGUUGUAAAGUUAGCUUUGAGAGCCUUUUGCUUUGCACCUUGACAGUUUUAAGUUAUUUUAAUAUAUUGUUGUCAAGGUGCAUUAAUUUUUUAUUGCAAAUUUGCAAUCCAAAAAUGCGCUCUGGAUUUCAAACAUCUAUAAGCCUGUUCCAUUCUACGGAGUACAUUAUUAAGUUAAUUCUCCAAAGUGAGACAAUAACAUUGAUGGCAGUCAUGGCACAGUACUAGUAUC